AUGGACGCCGACAAUGAGGCUUGUAGGCAGAACGACACUAUGUUUAUUGUGUGGACAAGACACUUGGAGAAGUACAAAACGGAUGAAUUGGCGGCCAGACUCGCCUUUAAACACCUUAGCCGAGAGCCAGUCGAUGCCAUGUACCACUCCCAAGGUUCCUUCAACCGCUGUUACCGAGUCAAGCUCAGAGAUGGGCCUGAUGUGCUUGUACGGUUUCCGCCUCUUGGAAGGUCGAUGUUUCGUCAAGAAAAACUUGAGGACGAUAUCGCUGUGAUGGAAUAUAUCGCCAGCAAUACAUCCAUUCCGAUCCCUCGCGUCUUGGGCCAUGGCAAGUCCGCCGUAGGUCCAUACAUGAUACUAGAAUUUGUCGAGGGGAAGGUAUUGUCUGAGUAUCUCAGAGCCUCGCAAGACCCCAAGGUGCCAUCAACCCUGAAUUUGGACCUUGAUGCCACUACCUUACGCGAGGCCUAUCGUGGUAUGGCAAAGAUCCUGUUGGAGCUCUCUACAUGUCGGUUUCCAGCAAUCGGUGGCCUUGUUCAGGGUGCCUUGGGGGGCUUCUCAGUAGAGAAACGGGCGAUGACUUUCAAUAUGAAUGAAUUUGUUGGGCUUAGAAACUUCCCUCCCAAAAGAUUAUCCCAGCACUCCUAG